UUAGAGAAAGAGAAAGCUAGACACUUCGUUCUAGAAGUUUUUAGUCAUUUGAGUUUUCCAAAUAUUUUGCUGCCCAGAAUUCUCCUUUUAUUGAUGUCUUGGUUGAGUCAUUUAGAGUGUCUUAUAAUUAACAAACGAUUUUAGAAGAAUCUCUUUACUAGUUUUUUAUACUGGGCACUCAUUACUUAAAGUAAGAUACUAAUACCGAGACUCCCGAAAGCCUUAACGAAGAAUCAAAUUUAAUUUUCUCUCUCAAUUUUCAGACAUACGAGUAGGAUAUUUUACAUUUCUAACUUCAGACCGUUACUCAAAAGAUGCAGGAAGAACAAAGAGAUCAAAAAUCUUCAUUAUCAGCACAAAUUGAGGCUGCAUUAAAUGCUGGGGAUACUAGUGACAAUUCAAAUCAAGAAGAAAUUGUAGUUAGUAAAGACGAUUCUGCUAAUCGAAAGGAUGCUGGAGCUGAUGUUAAGGCUCAAAUUGGAGCGAUGUUGUCUAAUGAAGGUUGUCCAGUGACUGUUGAAAUUAUAUCGGUACGACAUGGGGACAAUGUGGAUGUUGAGCACGAUUAUGGAGAUGAGAGAGACGAUGAAUUAACUUUUGAUACCUCCCAUGAAGGGGCUGAAUACGAAACAGUAAGAACUUCAACAUCCAGAAACAAGCCUAUAAUACACCACAACAAUAUUCCUUACUUAUUUCAUCAGCUAAGCAAAAAUGGUUUGGUUAAAUUUUGGCGUUGUGAAGCUUUUAGCGGGCCUGAAAUCAAAUGCAAAGCCCGUAUCCAUACGGAUUUGGAUGAUGUGGUUAUUAAGGAAAUUGGAAGUCACAGCUGCGUGAAAGGAAAACGAGAUGCUGCAAAAUUUGGAACUCCUAAGGAUGAGGGUUCCACCUCAGUUGAUAGAACAUUACGAAGUGCAACCAAGCCAAAAACUGAACCUAAAAUUAAUGUUGAUGAUUAUGUGUCUUCUCCUGAACCUCCAAAAAAACGUUCUCGUCCUAAAGCAAACCUUCCACCUUCUGGUCCAGACGAUGUGAGGGGUUUGGAUAUUCCGAAUGGCUAUAAAAUUUAUGUGCGUCCAAAGGAAGGUGGGGCAGAAGGAGAGGUGGAGGAAGAACAAUUUUUGUUGGCUGAUUCGGGUGUUUAUGAAGAAAAUGGGGAUCAACGGUUAUUUUUUUGUUAAAUU